AUGGGCGGGGGUGUUGUCGUGUCAGCCGCGCCUCUCUCCGGGAAACUCGAACUCGUCCCCUACCUUGCUCAUCCACGCGAUCGCGAAGAGACGACAAACAAAAAACAACCUCCCUCACACCCGCACCCCACUUCACUCCCCUCCCCCUUUCGCUGCAACCGCAACACCAACAACCACGAGGGGUUGCAAAGUAUGGCUGGCCGAUUCGUCAGAGCGUCGAAGUAUCGCACAUGGAGGCUGACGACGACCACUCAUCACGUAGGACACGUCUUUGGCAAGCCCACGAGAAAAGACAAUUGCUACGACAAUAUUCACAUUAGCCGCAAUGCCUGGGACACCAACCUGAUCAAGCACGAGGCGGAAGAGAAGCUGACUGUCGAUACUGCACAACAGGUCAACCCCGAAUACCUCUCGGUCAAUUGGGACUCGUCCGGCGGCGGCGCCUUUGCCGUCAUCCCGCUCAACGAGCGCGGCAAGCUCCCUGAUCAGAUUCCUCUCUUUCGCGGUCACACGGCUGCCGUUCUCGACACCGACUGGCACCCCUUCAACGACCGCUUCAUUGCCUCGGCCUCGGAAGAUGGCAAGGUCUUCCUUUGGGAGGUCCCUGAAGACUUUACCCUCUACACCGACGCCGAAGAAAUCACCAACGUCGAUCCUGUGAGCAAGCUCGCCGGUCACUCCAGAAAAGUCGGACAGGUCCUCUUCAACCCCUCGGCCGAAAACAUCCUCGCCUCCGCCUCGGGCGACUACACAAUCAAGAUCUGGGACGUCACCACGGGCCAGUCGCCCCUCACCCUGCCACAUGGCGACAUCGUGCAGAGCCUGACCUGGAACGCCGCCGGCAGCAUGCUCGCCACGACGUCGCGCGACAAGAAGAUUCGCGUCUGGGACGUGCGUCAGGAGAAGCCCGUCCACGAGGCCCCCGGCCACCCCGGCGCCAAGAACAGUCGCGCCGUCUGGAUGGGCGAGCACAACCGCUUCGCCACCACGGGCUUCUCCAAGAUGAGCGAGCGCCAAAUAGCCCUCUGGGAACCCGGCAACCCUGAGCCCAUCGGCGGCUUCAGCAUGAUUGACUCCAUCUCGGGCGUCUGCAUGCCUUUCUGGGAUGAUGGCUCCAACUGCCUGUACCUUGCUGGCAAGGGUGACGGUAACAUUCGCUACUACGAAUAUGAAAACGACAAGUUUGAGUUCCUCAGCGAAUACAAGUCUCCCGACCCUCAGCGCGGCAUUGCCUUUGUUCCCCGCCGUGGCAUCAACACCCAUGAGAACGAAGUGAUGCGCGCCUACAAGACUGUCAAUGAUAGCUACAUUGAACCCAUUUCUUUCACCGUGCCGCGUCGCGCCGAAACUUUCCAGGCCGACAUCUUCCCUCCGGCUGUCGGCGUGAAGCCUGCCUGCUCCGCCAAGGAGUGGCUCGACGGCAAGACUGGCAUCCCCAGCAAGAUCGACCUCGAGAGUGUCUAUGAUGGCAGCGCGCCCAAGGAGGUUGCCUCUGACUACAAGGCUCCCGCCCAAUCGUCGCCCACCACACCCAAGGCCGAGAUCAAGCGUGAAGAGCCCAAGCGCGAAGAACCUAAGCGCGAGGAGCCCAAGCCUGCCGUUUCCCGUGCCCCCCCACCCAGCAUCAAGGACCAGAAGAGUUCCAUUUCCAACAUGGCCAACAAGUUCCAGGACAAUGAGGAGGAGGAUGAUGACGACGCCGAUACGACCUCGAGCUUUGAAGAUAUCGGCCGCCCCGCCCAGCGCAACCCCGUCCCGGUCCGCGCGGCCGAGCCCAAGCUGCCGACCAAGACGACCUCGGCGCCCGCACCCGCGCCUGCUGCUGUUCCUGUUACCGCCACCGCGCCCAUCAAUACCGCUGUACCCAGCCGCACACCUGUGGGCGCAUCGACCCCUGUCGGAGGCACAGCCGUCGAGUCGUCCCUGGAGCAGAUCAAGCAACUGAUUGAGAACCAGACUAAGAUUAUCACGCAGCAAAACGACAAGAUUGGCCAGCUGACGCAGGAGGUCGAGCUGCUCAAGCGCAAAGUUGGCCCCACGGGUUCGCAGGACCAGAAUGAACGUAUCCGCCAAUUGGAGCUGGAGCUGGAGGAAGCGCGCUCAUGA